UCAGCAGUGCUGUAGAUUAGAGUCUAUGUAUAUUAAUUUUUAUAGCUAAAUAUCUUCAAGAAACAGUUUGAAGGGUCUGGCCCAGUCGGGGUAGUCAUACCUUCAACUUGACCAGCUAGUCUGGACACUGUGCUAAGAUGACAAGCUACAUGAAUUUGCUAGGUUUGCUUCUGUGUUUGGUGAUGACUCCUCUCUCCACUGGCCAAACCAUUCAUUAUAUCUGGCCUCGAGUGGGUAGCUUGACAGGAGGUACUAAAGUCACCGUGUACGGUAGUGGGUUCAGCACAGAUGCUUACAACUCUGUCAACCUCAUCUACAUCGGAAACAUACCGUGCUCUGUUAUAUCCUACACAGUAAGUGCGAAUGUGCUCGAAUGUGUAACAGAGCCGUACCCAGGAGGGGUGGAGGGGAAAACUUACUCUGCCCUCCAGUCAACCCUGAUCACUCGAGGUCAGCACUACAUAUCCACUGGUAGCAACGAUGCGUUCACCUACCAUUGGAGCUAUACCCCUCAGCUCUGGAAAGUGGAGCCCAACUCUGGGCCAGUGGGUACCGUAGUGGAGAUUGGUGGAUAUCGGUUCACCUGGAAUUACAACUCUUACGGCCAAAUUUACAUUGGGGACCAAGUUUGCGAUCUACGUGACUCGGAUAAUGCCCAAUAUGGAAUUCGUUCUCUAUGGGGACUGAUUUACGUCAAAUGUCUGACCACUGAAGUGAGAGCUGGUGGUUGGAAUGGAAGCACCACUAUCUCCGGGGCCAGUGGUAAAACUUGGAACCACAGUCGGGCACUCUAUCCAAUGUUCGAUUGGACGCUGGGCAUGUACGAGCUGUUUCCUGACAUCCACAAUGUGUACCCUCAGGUGGGUAGCCCCUCAGGGGGUUCCCUGCUCACAAUAUUAGGGUCAGGAUUUGCUGGAGAGGAGGGCGAGAUCGAAGUGGACAUUGAUGGAAUACCCUGUCAGGUGGUAAGCCACACCUCCACAAUGAUUCAGUGCUGGACGGGCAGCCCACCCCCUGACUCCCCUGUCAUUGCUGAUAGCAACAGGGAGUACGCUAGGGUUGAGGCUGGAUACAGGUUUAAAGGUUCUCGUGGUGUUAGAGUAAACCAGUACCGAAGCAUAAGAGGAGGGUCCAUUUCAAAUCUCCAUUCUAGCAACAAGUAUCCCGAUCAACCAGACGCAGUGUACAGUCUACCUUCAUUCAGCACUGGAUCCGAUAUGACGAGACAUAAUAAUUAUGGUGAGCGACUGAUGGCUUUCUUUAAUCCCCACUCCACUGGACGCCAUACAUUCUAUGUCAGCAAUGAUGAUGGGGCCCAGUUGUGGCUGGGAGAUGGGCGCAACCUCACAGCUGCUUAUCAGAACAGCUUACUGGAGAGUCCGCGCGCCACAGGGUUUGAGAAUUACGAGCGAUGGCCACACCAGAAGUCAGAGUCCAUUUCUCUCACACACGCCCAAGAUUACCUGCUCGUGGGGGAAUUUAAGGAAGGAGGCGGGGGAGAAUACCUCACAGUUGGUGCAUUGCUACAUGAUGACACAUCAUACGACUAUAGUCAGACCAGGCAAGCCGUGAGAGAGCAGCAAGAGAUCACACUCACCUCAGCCGGCCUCUACGACACUCAGACACUGACCCUGGCCAUCAACAGGAGUGUAGUGGUCGAGGAUGCUCUUCCUCGUUUAGUACUAGAGUGGGGAGGACGCAGCACCGAACCAAUAUCACUAGCGGAAUUGGAGGAGAACCCAGAAGCACUAGGUGAUGCGGUUCUCAGUCUGUUCUCUGGGAAAUGUGAGUUUGACUUGCUUCACGGCAUCAACUACUACCCUGGUCCCCUGGGGUUUGACUUUGAGGAAGGUGUGAAUUCUGGUGAAGCUUGGAGCUCCUGGAACGGCAUCCCCCCACUGAUCACAGAGGACGAAGCUUUGUGUGGGCGGCACUCCUUAUAUGUUGAGGAUCACAGAGGUGUGGCCUUCAAUUUAGCGAAUGAUAACGGUAAAAAAACAUCAGAUUUCCCUUUCAUCUGUCUGGGCUACAAGCUUCCUCCCGGUCACUCCAUGGCGCUGGCCGUUAGUAUCAAAGACUAUGGGUGGUAUAGCAUCCCCCUCUCUGGUGAGGACACUGGUCCGUUCCCCUUCCCAAUUGCCGGCUCCUUCUUUGACGAGCUCUACAAUGAUGACCUACUAAUGGAUGAUGACAACUGGCAUUACUCUUGCACUGAUCUUCAAUUUAUGCUGAUUGAGAACCUUCCACUGGAAGAGGACCAGAACCCACCCCGGUUCCAUGACAUCCUUGGAAUAGCAGUGUACACAACUCCUCUUCCAAGACAGCGUGGUUUUUAUGUGGACGAGGUUGCCCUAGCAUCUGAGAGAAAGAGUCUCUUCACGGACAGUUACGUGGCUCCAGCACGGCCCAAUGGAAGGUCCCUACACAGUGUACAGACAACAGUUACUGAUGACAGUGAUGAUGACACACUAAGUUUGACCAUCAGUAUGGAGCUAGUACCUAGUGCGUGUGUGGAUGACCUGACAUUAAUCGAUGCAACUCUUCAGGAGGGCACAGGUGUGAUGCAGUUCAGUUUUGAGAGGACCCAAUUUGCCAGCUCUCCUCUUGGAGGCAGUUACACUCUCUCUUAUGAUGGACAAACCACCCCUGCCCUUCAACAUGAUGCAACAGAAGAAGAGAUCAAAGCAGCUCUUGAGUCUUUGGAUGGAGUGGGUGAGGUCACUGUCACUUACAGUGCUACGCCCCUAUCACAUGACCUUCUGGGAAGCUUCUGUCCCGGCCACUCGUACACGGUGCUAUUCGAGACUGCUCGUGGUGAUCUUCUACUACUAAGCGUGAAUGAGGGAGGUAUUACCGGAGAUGAUGCCACUACCAGCGUCACUGAGAUCAAGACUGGAGGGUUGUUCCUGAGGCCUAUUCCUGGUCACAUGCUACAGACUGUAGAGACAACACCACAGGUCCACGUUCGUGUAAGGAGCCAGCUGGCAGCCUGCAGUGGUAACCACCUACUGUACGAGGAGGUGUCAACUGAAGACCACUCUGACUAUUGCAGCUUCAUCUAUGCCCCAUCAUCUACACCCAUUAUUACCAUGAUUACCCCAACGUCCGCCCAACAAGGCGAUGUAAUCACAAUCACUGGUAUAGGAUUUUCCGAAAAUCCCCAAGAAAAUUUCGUAUUGUUUGAUAACAUCAAGUGUCCAGUUACUACAAGUACCUCAACAACCAUUAGCUGUGUACUAGGAGAAGGUUAUGGUGGCACUAAACAGCUUUACCUACAUGUGACAAGUGUGGGUGUUGCUGAUAGCAACUCUCAUGGAAUAUUGUACAAUGUAGCGGCUACUUCUGUUGACACGGCAAGUGGUAGUCAAGCAGGUGGUACAAUGAUUGUCAUUUCAGGAUCUGGUUAUUUCACGGACAAUUUUGAAUUAAGCUCCGCUGAAUCAUUUAACGAGGAGUACGCCAAAAAUCUACAAAGCAGUCGCAAUGCUUGCCAACUAGGGAAUAUAGUUACCAUCGGUGACAAUGCUUGUGAGAUAAUCAGUUCAACAGCCGAAACAGUUACAUGUAUAACCCCUGAAGAAACUGGCUCAAGCUCUACCUAUGAUAUUAUAGUUAGUGUUGGUUGCUUGGAUGAUCCUACAACACACGUGUCCAACACUCUACUAAAUGCAUUCACCUAUGACGUGUCCAUAACUCCGUCAGUGACAGCUGUUAAUCCUUCAGAGGGGGUGGUCCACGGUGGAGAGACUGUUGUUAUUAGUGGUAUUAGAUUGGCCGAUGACAUCUCUACUGUCAGAGUCAUGAUUGGUAAUGAGGAUUGCACGGUAACCAUGGCUAGCAGCACUGAGGUAACUUGUCUCACCCCGGCUCACGCAAAGGGAGCGUGGCCUGUGGAGAUGCUGGUGGAGGGGGUGGGAAAGGCAGUUGGAGAUGUCACAUUCACUUAUACUCUCGAUGUUACAUCAGUAUCUCACUGUUCAGGCUCUCUAUUUGGUGGGCAGGUGCUGAGUAUUCAAGGCAGUAGGUUUGGCACUGACUCAAACCAGGUUGCCGUUAGCCUUGGUAACAAAGAAUGUGAUGUUACCACGGUGACGGACAAUGAAAUACUGUGUGUGACAGCACCCACCACACUGACAUAUGAGAUCAACAACAAUGCUGAGCACCCUGAGUACGGUCUUGGCUAUCAAUGGAAUCCAAGCACGCUCACUAUCCACCCUGGAGACACUGUGAACUGGUCCUGGACUGGAUCUUCUUUUACGGCCAGAAGGGGAGUGGCUCAAGUCAAUCGUUGUGGUGAUACAGAAUACAAUGGUGUGGGAUUCAGAUCGGAAAGAAGUGUGACUGGAAGUUUUAGGAAAACUUUCACUAAGGCUGGAGCAUAUUACUACAUAGCCGAGGGUUAUGGGCACAUAGGUUUCAAUGGCACAAUUGUCGUAGCCGAACCUGAGGACAUGGCAGUCUCCCUCUCUCUCACCAUCAACUCUAUCCUCAUUGACCUCUCCUCCUUCCCGCCAACUUGCCAACAAACAUCGUCACCCUUCACUGACUACACCUACUCAUCGAUCUCAACACCUAGCAUUGUGUCUGUUUUCCCCUCUAAAGCAAGCCCUGGCGAUUCCAUUGAGUUGUCAAUCUCAGGAUUAUCUGAUAUGGCAGACGACAACAUACUUGUAUUUGGAGGGAAUACACCAAUUGCUUGCACUUCUCACAAUCCAGCCACUGUAUCGACUUCAUACAGCACACCUACAACCUCCAGUACUUCAACUGGGGUUACAUACAUGGACACAGCCAGUGUAGUACAGUGUACACUACCUGAUGAUAUUCUACCUGGUAAUUACAGAACAGUCUUACAUGUUGCAGGUAGAGGCUGGGGCAAUGCAGUGCUUGACGACACAACCAUUGAAAUUACACCAAGAAUUGACAGCUCUCCUCAAAUCUUAAGUAUUUCUCUUCGAGGCGGAGUGCCUAUAAUUUUGCAAACUUCUGGUCUAGUUCCGUCUUCAAUAACCAACACUAGAGUGCUUAUAGGCAAUACACCUUGUAUAGUUCAGUCUAUAUCAAACAGUGGAGAAUUAACUUGCCUAACUCAAGCUGCUGUUGAUGAUGGAUACUCGUCUGUUAUCAAUCAGAAUUCGCCCCUAGGUUACUGGACACUGCAAGCUGAUUUACCAAGAGGAGAAACUGAUGGUGGCUGGUCGUUUAGGAAUUGGGGCUCGGUUGGUAGCUUGGCCGAUGCUACUCUAGUUGGAGAAGUUCAGACUAGACAAGAAGGAAUUUCUGGUAAUGUUGUAACAAAUCAAGCAGCUAGUUUCGAGAGCUCACAUCUUGUUGUGCCAGCUUUGCAAGAAUUUUCGAGGCCUUCUGGUUUUGCAGCUGAGUUUUGGUUGAUGUCUGAGCAGGAUACAGAAAACUAUCGUAUUAUAGUCAAAUCUUUCAGCUAUGAAGAUAGUGUAGCCCGAGGGUAUGUGGUUUUGAUUAAUCGGUGUAACCAGGUUGAGUUUUGGAUAGCAACUGGCGAAACAUCUGCUCAAAAUUCCGGUGACUUCUCCGGCUCUGCUGGCUCUGCAGGCUCUGCAUUUGUCCCUGAAUGUGAGGUGAUUGACGAUGCUUCUGACUGUUCCUCUACUUGUACUGGAUUACUCACCAUAGCGGACUCUAGUGACCUCCCGCAAGGUGUAUGGCAUGUGAUUAGAAGCGAGCAAUCAGACUGGACGACUUGGGCACAUGUUUAUUUUGGUUGGACAGUGGCAAACGAUCAACGUGAACUUUAUGAUAUUUGGAGUGAUGAAGAUUGCACAAUUUAUAAUUUAUGCAGUGGUACGCAGACUCUUUCGGUCAAUGGUUACUCUACAACUGUCAUUACUAACUUCCUCCGAGCUAGAUACACACCAAUUGAGAUAGGAGGCAGUGGUGUUAUUGAUACUGGUAUUAUUCCACUUAGUGGACAUCUGUCUUCAUUUGAGGGGGAACUUGACGAAAUUGCAUUUUAUUCUAGACCAAUUUCGCAAGCUGAUAUUGAUGCUCGUGUGCAUUUUGGUACCUCUGAAGAGCAGCCUAUAUGGAUUACAGUUGAGGGAGUGGAUGGAAUUGGAAAUGGAGCUGUACCGAAUGUGAAGUAUCCGGAAUUUAGAAUGGAGUUUGCUAGUGAAAUGCAGUUGGAUUGGGAUAUUGUUCGGAACGGAGAUUAUGUGCUGGACUCCUCUACUGCCCUUAGAUUCGAAUGGACAGGUUUACGUGGUGUUCGUGAAGUGUCUCGUUCCAUCUACGAAUCAUGUGACCUUGAGGCCUCUUACGUGCAGCAGUGGACUUCACCCAUUAGUGGAGGUCGUAGGUCUGUGUGGCUCUCAUCGGGUCAGAACCACUACUUCAUUGACUCUGUGGUUGGAGGAUGUCCAGAGGGAAGGAAACUGAGGGCUCGUGUUGGUGAGGUGCGUACUAUACAGUGGAGAGUGGGCAGUUACUCUGACAUCACAGUGCCUCAAGGCACUGGACUUCUAUUCCAAUGGAAUGGAGCGGUCAUACACGAUCUUGUUGAAAUGAAAACGGCCAUUCAGUCGGCUGAGGACUGCUCCCUGGGUGUGGCUGAUGCGAGGAAUGAUAUUGGACUGGUUUCUCGUGAGUGGGUGAAUGAACCGAGCACAAGUGGAGAAGUUGCCAUCAGUGACCUCUCUCUGGGUCUCCACCACUUCAUGUGCUCUGUGGGUAGGCACUGUGCAUUGGGAAUGAGGUUCACUGUCAAUGUAGUGCCUGAGGAGGUUCAUGAUGAUAAUAUUGACAGUCAGAAUCCUGUUGUUCACACUAUCCCGUGGCGAAUCCAGGACUAUGCUGACUUUACUAUGGUGGAGGGGGAGAGCCUUUCUUUUGUGUGGCAUGGGUUCCACUCUCUACAUCAGGUGACAGAGACCGUGUUCGAGAGCUGUGUUUUGUCGGACCAUCCCCUUCAUGUUUGGGGUCUGCCCAGUGUGGACAAUAGUGUGAGCAUCCAGGGGCUGAUCCCGGGGGACUACUACUACCUCUGUGCAGUAGCUGGACACUGUGACGCUGGAAUGAAGAUAAAGGUGACAGUACUACCAAAUGAUGGCCUGCUAGUGUUGAACAAUGGUGUGAGUUCAGUGUGUGCUGAUGGAGUGAGUUGCUCUCUGGCCUACAGUGUGCAAGCCACUCCUCAACUGGCCUCUGUUGAGCCUUCUGAGUCUGUUGGUGGGGCCACCCUAACUCUAAUUGGAGCUAACCUCCUCCCCCCUAGCACAAUAGUUGGCUCCAGUCUGCCUGAAUUGAAAGUGUGGAUUGAUAAUGCACCUUGCACUAACGUUUUAGCCGAAUCUGCCAACACUGCCGCUGAUCACAUGAUCUCCUGUAACAUCACAGACUAUGAAUCUGAUUAUUACCAUGUCGAUGUGUUUGUAAGUGAUCAUGGAUUUGCUUCUGUAUCCCCAACUCAACUUGUGCCACGUUCGAUUAGAGAUUUUGAAAUCCCUGCCAAUUUUAACUCAUCCUAUCCAAAACUAUUUAUUGCCGCUGUGGCCUCCACGAUAAAUCCAACAUCAGGCAGUAUUCAUGGAGGCACCGUUAUAACUAUCAGUGGGUCAGGAUUUAGUUACAUCUCCGAGCGAAACGUUGUAUCUCUAGGUGGAGUCUCUUGCCGAAUCAUAGAAGCGAGUUCAAGUACAAUUACCUGUAUGAGUGGACCUGGAAGCUCAAGUGUGGCUGUUAAUGGUACUGUGAACGGUUUUCCUAUAAGCACUAGUUUGCUGUACGAGUACAACGAUGCUUCAACUCCGAUUGUGACUUCUGUUGAAAGUAGUCCCGAUAGUAUAAACUCUCUUUCAGGUGGCAAUGAAAUCACACUUGUUGGAAUGAUGUUGGGAACUGCUGCUUUGGACCUACAAGUGCAAAUUAUGAAUUCUAUGGCUGGUUUGGUUGACUUUUCCACCGAGGAUGCUUGUUCUGUAACUAACUUCAUUGUAGAUGGCUCUGACACUGUCAACGUCUCUUGUACAGCUCCUAGUAAACCUGCUGGCAUAUACAAACUACUCGUUCACGUACAAGGGUACGGCUUUGCUACUGUAAGUGAUAACACAGUUGAAUAUGCUCUCGAAAUUGACUCUUUCUCUCCGGCAUCUGGUGGUCAUGGUGGUGGAGUGGCUUUGACAAUUGUUGGCAGUGGAUUCCCUGAGGCAAGUAAUUCAGAUCAAAUCAGUGUCACUCUUUGCGAUGGUGAGCCUGCAAGUACAUUAUGUCUAGUUACUUCGUCUACGCUCAAUGAACUCGAGUGCACCCUCGAUCCCACUUCAACCAGCUCUCCCUUCACAACAAAUGCUACGUGCUCUAUAACCAUCACCUCUGGGGAACAUACUGAAAUAUCCUCUGAUCAAUUCCAAUUUAUCGGCUCACUGACCCCUCGAAUUGACUCCAUUUCCCCCCUGAUAGGGGGUACUGGUGGUGGUACUACAGUAACCGUAGAGGGUGCAGGAUUCACUUCUCAAAAUUUGGAACCAAUCACAGUCACUAUAGACCGUGCCGAGUGCAUAAUAACUCAAUCUACCGAUACCUUAAUCACUUGUGUGACCGGUAACCAUACGACAACUUUACAAGCAGAAGUCAUAGUCAAUGUCCCAGGGAAAGGAAAUGCAUUGUCAAUGGAUGGAGUGAUUAUGUAUGAGUACGUUGACGUGUGGUCUAGUCCGUUCACAUGGGGUGGCGGACCUUUGCCGGGAGAGGGGGACUCCGUGUAUAUUAAGGUUGGACAAACUGUGUUUUUGGACGUGAAUACUCCGGUGUUAAACUUGCUGCUGAUUGAAGGGUCACUGAUAUUCGAGGAUGAUCAGGAUCUUCAUCUACAGGCCAACUAUAUAUUCAUUAACACUGGAAAGCUACAGGUCGGUACUGAGUCCUCUCCGUUCACUCACAUAGCUGUCAUUACCCUCCACGGCUCUGUGCAAGAUCCAGAGAUACCUAUCUACGGUGCAAAGGUACUGGGUAUUCGUCAAGGAGAAUUGGACCUUCAUGGUCUCCCUAGGGCAGUCACAUGGACACGACUUUCUCAGAGUGCCCUGAGCAAUGACACUAGCCUCAGGCUUGAGCAAGCUGUGGACUGGGUGACGAGUGACAAAAUUGUCAUUGCACCCACUGGCAAGGACGGAAAUGAGACUGAGGAGAAUGAGGUGGUCUCAGUGUCAGGGGAUGGUCGAACAGUCAAUUUGCUCCACCCACUCCGCUACACCCACCAUGGGGUGACUGAGAUGUACGAGGGAGGUCACUUCAUUGACAUUAGGGCUGAGGUUGGUCUUCUUUCCCACAAUGUGAUUGUUCAGGGGUCCCGCCCCCCACCCAGUGUUGACCAGGAUGCUGUUGACCCCCAGUACGGCUCUCAGAUAUUUGUACAUCGAACGGGCACACAUCCGACACCAGUCAGGAUUGAGCACACCGAGAUACGCUAUGGUGGUCAGGCAUUCCGGCUGGGUCGUUACGCUGUGCACUUUCACCUCAGUGGAAGCAUGGCAGGCUCGUACAUACGAAACUGUGCCAUUCAUCACUCGAAUAACCGAGCUGUCACGGCUCAUGGAGUUCAUGACCUCUUGAUCGAGGGGAACGUAGCAUACGACAUAAAGGGACACACCUUCUUUAUUGAGGACGGCAUAGAAACUAACAAUAGUUACCUAGGAAACCUGGGUGUCUUGACAAGAGGUUCAUCAAGCCUCCUUAAUACAGACCAGAUUCCCGCCACCUUCUGGAUCACUAAUCCUCAGAACACCUUCAUUGGUAACGCAGCUGCUGCCUCCAGGGCGUACGGGUUCUGGUUUGAUUUUGACUCCUCCCCAUCUGGAGCCUCACGCACCAAUCGAGUAUGUCCGAACAAGGAGCUGUUUGGAGUGUUCCAUAACAACACGGCCCACACAUGUAAUGAGUUUGGACUCAGAAUCUGGGAGACCUACGUGCCCUAUGCCGAUGGGUGUGGUGCUACUCAGCCUCAGGUGGCCACCUUAACAGAUUUCACGACAUACGCCAAUGGUAUCAAUGGGGUGGAGCUAUCCAUCGUGGGUCAUGUGAGACUGGAGGGGUUCAAGGUGGCAGAUAAUGUGGAAAACGGCAUUGUUAUCAUCGAAACUCGGGGUCAUUGGGGUGGACCAAAGAUCAAAGAUGCGCUCAUCAUCUCCCAUACCUCUGUCAACUCUGGUCCCCCACAGGUUGGGGGGAUAAAGACACCCAACACUCCUCGUCUGACCGUUUCCAACGUAACCUUUGCAAACUUUGAUCUCCCUACGACCUCUUGCCUCAGGGCAUGCUCACACUGUAAGGUUCGACAAGGCGGAUUUCAGGUAUGGUUUGAGGGACUGUCCUUUGUCGGAGGGUCGGCCAAUCACAAGACAGCAUUCCAAUGGGAGUGGGAGGUACUAUUCAAGGACCUGGAUGGUACCCUGACCGACCUUCCUGGAGGAGGGUGGGUACUCCCAAACAGCCCCCUCAAUCCCCCACAGUUCUGCACCCCCUCCCUGCCCGAGUUCAGUGUCGACAUGUCUACCAUCAAUGGUACAGUGUGCAGUGGGGACAUCAACUUCCUCAGGAUGGCUUGGAACAGAGCUGAGCCUCUGGCUACUCUUAGGGGGGUAAGUGUGAAUGCAAGCAAUCAGUUCGGUAGCAGCAUUAUUCCUUGGAGGCAUUAUCGUCUGACCCACCUGGACGGUUACAUGUUCACCAUGCCUGAUGGCUAUGAUCACACUCUAGUCUGGGAGACCCCCCUGGAACACAGAGUUGACCACACAUCCUACAAGGCUGGUGUAUAUGGAAUCAUACCGAACAGUCGACUGUGGGUGACCCAUCAGUUCAUACAGACACCAGACCAUGUCAAUGUGGGGGAUAAUCUAGAACCCACCCCCCAUGGAGAACUACCACUGGACUCCGAUCCAUUGUUUUCUUGGCACCUCGAGAAUGAGACCGACCCCAAUGCGGUCACCUACCUGAUCACCGGGCAAAACCUCACUGAUCAAAACAACGACAUCACAUUCAACUACCUCUACGAACCCUGCCCAGUCACGGGCUGCCCACCUCCUGCCAUCGACUAUGGACCCUACGAAACAUUUCAACGAGUGUGGAGCAACCCCGAACACUGGCCCUCUGGCAUAGUCCCCCAGGAAGGGGAGGACGUUAUCAUCUCCUCUCGAUGGAGGAUGCUCCUUGAUGUGACUCCGCCCACACUCCACCGAGUGUACAUACUAGGAGAGCUUAUCUUUGAGGAUGCAAGAGACUACAAUUUUACAGCAGAUCUGAUCCUGAUCCAAGGUGAGAUGGCUAGGGUCUUCAUAGGUACCGAGGAACAGCCGUUCACUCAUCGUGUGGUGAUCACUCUGAACGGACUCAGGAAUGACGUCCCACUACGUCUAUCAAGGAGACUGCAGUUUGGAUCAAAGGGGAUUGGAGUGUUCGGAAAUUUCACAAUUCAUGGUGUUUCCAAGACAACCUGGACUCGUCUCAGUGCUAACACCCCAGCUGGUAGUGGCACUCUACAACUGCAGGGGAAUGCCUACCCCAAUUGGGGGGUUGGUGAUGAAAUUGUCAUCGCCCCCUCGAGUUGGGAGCCGACUGAGUCGGAGAUAAGGACCAUCUCCAGUUACGAUAGAUCCACAGGUACUGUCACACUAAGCGAGCCACUUGAAUAUGACCACCUGUUACAACCAUUCUUGGAGCAGUCAGACAUAAACGCUGCUGAUCCCCCUCUAGUGGCCACUCCGUGGUGGGGGGAUGGAGGAAUGAUGGCCCCUGAAGUGGGGCUGCUCUCUCACAACAUUGUCAUUCAAGGAGGAGAGGACCCAAGUGAGCCUUUGGAGCAGAACCACUACGGCUGCAGGAUACUAGUGGGAGAGUACUUCAGUGGACGGUUUGUGUAUAAUGGCAGACUCAAAAUCGACUCAGUUGAGAUACGCAAUUGUGGCCAGGGUGGCUACUUUUCACCCAGAGAUCCUCGCUAUUCUAUAGCAUUUGCAAAUAGUUUUGAGACUUCUGCAGGAAGUUAUAUCAGGAGGUGCUCCAUUCAUCAUGGCUACAAUACUGCUAUCGGAGUUCACUCAUCAUAUGGAAUCGAAAUCUCACAGAAUGUGAUAUGGAGGACUGUGGAUUCUGGAAUUAAAGUUGGCGGUCGUGAUAAUGUGGUCAUGGAUAACCUUGCAAUGUUGACAUCCACCAUUCAACCCAAUAGCCCACCAGAUAACCAUUCUGUUGACUUCCCUGCUACCUUUGACGUGGACGGUAGUAACGUAGUUCGUGGCAAUGCAGCAGCUGGCUCCAACAGGAUUGCAUUCCGAUACGCAGGGGAACCUUGCCUCGAGGACAACACUGCACCGACCUAUGAGCAGGCCAUGUUCUGGGACAACACUGCACAUAGUGGCCUGAUAGGACUUGUAGUGCUUGGCUUACCAAGGGACUGUACUGCCAUUGGUGGAUUUACUGCCACGCUUCAGUGGAACUAUGGCGUAUUCUCAUCUACUGCAUCGUCAUUGGUCGCCACUCACCUCAAGAUAGGGGUCGGCAAAGUGGGCGUGAACUUGAAUGUGUUUGGACCAAAUCCUGUGGCUCAUCUGCGCGGGAACAAGUUCAUCUCCAUCAGUGAUUCUCUGCUGGUGGGCUCCCUUCCCGGGGAGACGUGUGUCACGAGAGCACCCUCCUUCAUACCACCGUCCGUAUCAUUCCACCCCGGCAACCUACAAAUGGGAGUGAUGAUGUCGUCACUUAACCAGAAGAGGAGUAAGAUGGACGGUACAGGGCCAUGGCAUCUCAUGAAAGGUUACCCAGCCAUCGACGGUGUGGUGCACAUGGACCGAGUCUCGUUUGCACGCUUCACUGACUCGAUUUGUGACUACAAUACUGUUGCCAUUGCCAAUAACCCUUUGAGUGCUGAUGCAGUGCAUCCCAUCUACAUGACUGGUACCAACAAGUUGAAUGUUGGUAUGAACAAUCUGGCAUUCUUCUAUGAGCCGGAUCCAGAGUGGAUAGUACAAGAGGACUGUGUUGAUAUGGACUGUGACGGUCCCAAGCACGCCCUGAUUCGUGACAAUGACGGGAGAUUUGUGGGAACCUAUCCCACUCUCGGUUCAAUCAUACCAUUUGCUGAACUAAGGUUUGCUAACUACAGUCAUCGUGUGCCAGUGACCUGGUUGGCCCAGGAGGGGGAGAAUGGAGCAUUGGCUCUGCCCACUGAUGUUGUACAGCACAGGGGAAUAGCCAGGGGGGAUACAGGUAAUCUUGACAGCAAUGCCGGUGGAUGUGAGUGGGUGGAGUCUUGGCAGGGCUACCGCUGUAAGAAUAUGACCCAUCACAUGUUAGUCAUUGAGAGCCUUGAUGAGGAUACGGAGACGAGACGUCUGUCUCCUCUGGCACUCAACGGGGGGAACACUGGAGCAGGGCAUUACACUGACCUGAUCAAUGGACCCAUGGAUCACGGAUGGUGUGUGUACUACACUUGCUUGAAGAGAUUGUCGACAUUCUUCACCAUUGUCGCCGUGGGAACAGAUUACUGUGUGUGGAUGACAGGGUCACCUCCCACACAAUUGAGAUUCCAUCUCCUCAACGCUGGGCCGGAUGAUUCCAUUCGAAUGUGCAUCUUCUUUAAGGAUACUAGGAGGAAAGAUGUUUACAAGAACAACAUUUUCAUUGAGCCUGAGAAUGUGGAAUACCUGGAAGAAGGCGGAGUCUUGCAGACGGACGGGUCAUACAAGCCUAACAGGGAUCGGUUCGGAGGGGCCAACUAUUUUGAGAGGGAGUCGCAGAUACUAUACAUGAUUGUUCGUGGCAGUGACCCCGUUGAGAUCCGGACGCCCCCUGUGGUGCAAGUGUCGCUCUCUCUUGCUGUCAGUCUUGACGAUUUCUUCAAUGUGGGGGAGCUCAUUAGGAACCUGGCAUUUGUCCUCAAGAUUGACCCAAACAAAAUCAGAGUAGUCAAGAUUGUCUCCGAGAGCAGUGGUGCCCCUCGUAGUAGGCGGAGCUUAUUGGCAGUGAAUGAGUUCAACCAAACCACAAUCACACUUGAGUUCGGAAAUCCCCCUGCCGCCAAUAUUACUAGUACACCUCCUCCCACCAUUGCCAUGGAAAUAAUGAUGGCCGGAGAGAUGAACGACAGUGUGGAUCUUGAUGACCACACGACUGAAGAUACUCCCCUGAUUGGCACCAACCCGUUCAACGAUGACCCCCCUGACUCAGUGGAGUCGUUCGCCGACAGCUUUAACGUCAGCGUAGUGGAUUAUGUAGAGGAAGUGGAGCUUUACGAGGAGGUGCUGGAAGAGGUAAUGGAGAUCAACGAGAUUGCUGGGAGAGUCGUAGAUCUGGUUCUAACUGGAGGCAUAGUGAAUGUCACCAAUGCAACAGUGACUGGACUCUCGGUUGUACCAGCCACACCCCCUCCUUCUCCAAUACCCCCUGUCAUACCUCCAGUGUACGAGAAUGCCACCACUGACAAGGGAGAUCCUGUAAUCAUCCCAGUGGAGGAGAUAAUUGAAUCUCCCACGGUGGCAACUGGAUCAGGGGAGAGCAGUACCGAUACCACGGUAACAAUUGACUUCGUCAUCCCCACGGAGAUGAGAGUCACUUUGGAACCUCGGGAAGGGACGAGCCACCUUGUUCACGUAACAGUUACAGUGUUUGAUGACCAGGGUAGACCUGUGGAGAACCUGGGUCUGGCCAACGUCAAUCCAUGGACCUGUCAGGCCACUCUACUGCAUCCUCUAGGAGACAAGGCAUCGGAUGUCCCCUUGCUUGGUGGAGUGACUCGUGUACAGUUUGUCAGAGGUGUAGCCGAAUUCACACGUCUACGAGUGGACAGACCGGGACAAGGCCUCACACUCUCAUUCCAAACAGUCCCGUCCAGAUUCCAAGCCACCACGUCAGUCUCAUUCCAGAUCAUAAAUCCAUUCCAAAACACAAGCCGAGAGAAGAUAGGAUUUACACUAGAGGGAGACACCUCUGCUCUACCAAGAGGGGAAGAGUUAAAUGUCGCUGUGUUGAAUGGACUCAGCCUGGCCAUGGAUGUAGACAUUUCUAGGAUUGAAAACAUUACUGUUGAGAUAACCUCCGCUGGUGUUCUUGUUGCGUUUGAUCUGCUGAACAGACAACCCACUGAUCCCCCAGAUGUUCUGAACCUCAACGAUGCCAUAGCAACACUCAUGAAGAGCAUGGAUGCCAGCACCUUUGAGGUCAUUAUCGCCAACACCCCUUUCAUUGGGCUCUCGGGAUCGUUUGCCUAUGUGACUCCACCCCCUCCCAUUAGUCCCACCUCCAUCAUAGACCGGUACAUCAAUGUGUUCAUUGCAGUAGGUGUGGCACUGAGUAUGUUCCUAUUGCUGACGGUGAGUGUGAUGGUGCUGUUGCUGUGUAUGAGGGGAAGGAAAGACGGCAAAGGAGGCAACAAAAAGAAAGGCGAUGAAGGAAGGAUACCCCUGUAUCCAGUGAUUAGAAAGGUGACCCCUCUACCCCCUCAGCCUGCUGAUAAUAAUAGUGGAAAAGACCUCAACUUCUUCCUACGUAGACCUGGCCAACCUCUUGCUAAUGAGGGGAGCUCUCCCUCAUUUGUAUCAGAGGAAGACUGGACUGGUGGUGUGACAGAUGAAACCAGCCUUGGACCUAGCGAGGUCAGUGGUCGUAGGAGAGCUGUGGAUUGCUGGGAGACCCCAAACCACCUAUUCCCUAGACCACUGAGAUUUGCCCCGCCCCCUCAGAGGCAAGGCGGACAUGUCAGUAUUGCCGGACUAGUCCAUAACCCAGCUUAUCAUCGCUCUGGUGUAAAGUGGCCAGUCACUCCAUCUAACCAGCAGCCAGCAGAGACCACUCACAUCUUUGUGAGGCCAGCAGAACUAAGGAGGCAAUCACCAAUGGGCCUAGACUGGGACUAGACGUCUACCUAUCGUUUUAUGUGUAACAGUUGUAGCUAUAAUAUUAUAAUUCGUUUAUUGUUUGUACUAGUUUAGCUGUGUGGAUCAAUUUAUAAUUUAUUUACUUUCACAGUUGCAUGUAGCUAUAGCCUAUACUUAAUUUCUGCUGUUUGUACUGAGUGUAUAGGUAGCUAUUAAGUAUAGAGAACCAAUGCACAUUCCUUUCUUUUC